AAGGUGUUCAGUGUGUUGAUGGUUUAAUAGAAAAAACUUUUACUCUUCACAUACAUAUUUUGAAUUGGUCUGGUGAUAUUCUAGCACUUGCUAAGGUCAUGAAUACAACUGGUCAUAAUUCUUAUAAGGCUUGUUGUGUAUUGGGAUACCAAUAUAAUCCUAAGGACCUACCAUUACAAAGACAUGAAAAUUACUUGCAAGAUAUUGUUACUAUAGA